AGUAGCUUCAUAACACCCCACCGCGCUUGCAUUUUGAUCAAUCUCCGAGUAGUGUUGUGCGAAUCGUGUAGUGUUUAAGUAAUUUAUAUUUUUUAAUUCAAAAUGAGGGAAAUCGUGCACAUCCAGGCCGGUCAAUGCGGUAACCAGAUCGGAGCUAAAUUCUGGGAGAUCAUUUCGGACGAGCACGGCAUCGACCCCACCGGCGCUUACCACGGCGACUCAGAUUUACAGUUAGAACGCAUCAACGUAUACUACAAUGAAGCCUCCGGUGGGAAAUAUGUACCCCGCGCUAUUCUCGUCGACCUCGAGCCUGGCACCAUGGACUCAGUCCGCUCUGGACCUUUCGGACAAAUCUUCCGCCCUGACAACUUUGUUUUUGGACAAUCUGGAGCCGGUAACAACUGGGCCAAGGGACACUACACUGAAGGCGCUGAAUUAGUCGACUCAGUCCUUGAUGUAGUCCGUAAAGAAUCAGAAUCAUGCGAUUGCCUCCAAGGAUUCCAGCUCACACACUCCCUUGGUGGUGGUACCGGCUCCGGUAUGGGAACACUCCUUAUCUCCAAAAUUCGUGAAGAAUACCCCGAUAGAAUCAUGAACACAUACUCCGUUGUCCCCUCGCCCAAAGUAUCAGACACGGUCGUAGAACCCUACAACGCAACACUCUCGGUACAUCAAUUAGUAGAAAACACAGACGAAACUUACUGUAUUGAUAACGAGGCUCUAUACGACAUCUGCUUCCGCACGCUCAAACUGUCCACACCCACCUAUGGUGAUCUCAACCACUUAGUAUCUCUUACAAUGUCUGGUGUCACCACUUGCCUUAGGUUCCCUGGUCAGCUCAACGCCGAUCUCCGUAAAUUAGCUGUAAACAUGGUGCCCUUCCCCCGUCUCCACUUCUUCAUGCCCGGUUUUGCUCCCCUCACAUCCCGUGGAAGCAGACAAUACCGCGCCCUCACCGUGCCCGAACUCACCCAGCAGAUGUUCGACGCCAAGAACAUGAUGGCCGCCUGCGACCCACAGUUCACGGCUAUGUUCAGGCGCAAGGCUUUCUUGCAUUGGUACACUGGCGAGGGUAUGGACGAGAUGGAGUUCACCGAGGCGGAGAGCAACAUGAACGAUCUGGUCUCGGAAUACCAGCAGUACCAG